CACCUGGGCAGCACGGACGAGGCCCUCCGGGACCACGCGCAGGUGAACGCGGUCACGGUGCUCACGCUCCUGGACAAGCUGGUGAAGAUGAUGGACGUGGUGCAGGAGAACCAGCACAAGAUGGAGCAGCGGCAGGUCAGCCUGGAGGGCUCAGUGAAGGGCAUCCAGAACGACCUGACCAAGCUCUCCAAGUACCAGGCCUCCACGGGCAACACGGUGAGCAAGCUGCUGGACAAGUCCCGCAAGGUGAGCGCGCACACGCGUGCCACUGCUCAGGGAUUGGAAGCAAUGCUUUUUAUUCUUAUGACUUGCCGCUCCCACCAGCCACUGCCUUCGGGGUGCAGUUCUAAUCAAUGCUUUAUCCACUUGGCAAUCUAUACCUCAGCAACACGAAUCGGAGAGAGCCAUCAAUGCGGGAAAGAGACCCAUAAAUCAGAAUGUCAGGAAGAGCAUGAGAUCCCUGCCAGUGUGUUUGCCAAGGAGCCCGUGCCCAGCCCCAACGAAGGGAAGGAGGACCUCGCCAAUGAGAACAAGUCUUUGGAGGAGACCUUGCACACAGUGGACCUCUCGUCGGAAGAUGAGUUGGCCCGCGACGAGGAGGCCCUGGAAGACAGCGCAGAGGAAAAUAUGGGAGAAAGCAGAGCCGAGAAGAUCAAGAGGUCCAGCCUCCGGAAGGUGGACAGCCUCAAGAAGGCCUUCUCCCGCCAGAACAUCGAGAAGCAGAUGAACAGGCUGGGGACAAAGAUCGUGUCUGUGGAGAGGAGGGAGAAGAUUAAGAAAUCGUUUGCUUCCAACCACCAGAAAACAUCCUCCGGGAAGGGCUCCCCCUUCAAGGUCUCUCCUCUCACUUUCGGGCGCAAGAAAAUCCGAGAAGGGGAAAGCGCAGGGGAGAACGAGACCAAGUCCGAAGACGUGCCCAACGACCAUGACCACGAGGGGAGCUCACUGGCCGAGGGCCUCUCCCAAGCAUCCCUCUCCAGCGCCCUGGCCGAAGGGAAGGGGGCCGAGGGGGAGAGUGGGAGGGCAGCCUCGCGGGGGAGUAACUCUGGCAUGGACAGCAACGUGGACUUGACCGUCGAGGAAGAUGAGGAGUCAUUGGUGGCCCAGGAACAGGCACAGAAGGUGCACUAUGAGGCCGGCUACGCACUCAACUCCAAGGAGGCAGAGCGGUCAGAAGAGGAGGCCGCCCAGCCCCCUGUGCUGCAGGUGGGCCAGAUGGCCUGAGCAGGAGGCCCACUGGGCCCGGCGGUGCCUGCAGGCAGGUGGGAGCCUAGAACACGCGUCCACGCGCCUCCAGCGCUCCCCACUCACCACCGUGUUGUUGCCCAUGCAGCAGCACACACGUGACCAAGAUUCGCUCUGAAGGCAGCCUGUCAGGGGCUCCAUUUCUAGUUUGUUCCUCGGUUCUGUUUCUGUAGGAUUUCUCCAAGAUGCCAGAAGACAUGAAGCAGUUGCAAAACACUGAUCAGGUUAGCUUAGUCAAAGAACCAGGGGCUCCUGAAGACACUAGUCAUGAAAGGCGAUUGAUUUGGGGUCAUUCCAUAAGCUUGCUGCAUAACGUACCAGUAAUACAUGGAAUUUCCACAGAACUCCGUGCAUCUGUUAGUUAUUUUUCAGGUGUGUGAUAUACGAUAUACAUGUGUGUUUAAGCUAAAGGGGUAACUGCUUUUUUAAAAAAAGAAAACACGUUUUUGAGAAAGUAGAAGAAAAAGUUCAGUUGGCCAUCCACUUAAUAGAAACUAUUAUUUUCUUGAAAAUAAAGUAAAAAUUGUAAUUUUUAGCUAAUGAAGUAAGAUAUGUAGGAAAAUCAGGAAUCUUAGAAAAAGAACACUAGAAAAUGAGGUGGGAAAAUAAGAAAAACUGGAACAAAGAAUGCCAGAGAAAAUGACACAGAGAGAAAAAAAGUAUGUGCUUAAAAGUAGAAUAUUUACAAUCUAAGUUCAAGUAUUUCACUCUUUAUAACAAUACUAAAGAAGUUCAUAUACCUGGAAUAAUGUUAUAUUUUCACAAUAUUUUUAUUUUCUAACAUUUUCAAAUAAUAUAAAGACAUUUUACUGUGUUAAAGCUGUAUUUUUUCUUAAUAUAUAAAAGACAUUACAAAUAUUCCCCUGAAGAAACUCAAAAGGAUGUUGUCUCUUUCAUGCUGGGAAUGAACAUAAAUAUUCAAAAUUAAUUAACACACACGGCCUUUUCUAGGAAGAUGGAAAAUGCUAGUCUUUAAUGUUUUCCAAAUUUCAAACACUCGCACUCAAAAUGUAAUGUUGGUUUAUAGGAUAUUAAAAUCAACAGGUUUAGGAAAGGGAGGGCUUCUGUUUGUCCCUUUUUUAGACAUAAUGAUAAUUUCAUUCUGGGUCUUAUUUUAUUUAUAUGUCAAUUCCACAUCAUUUUAGUAUGUUUAUUAACUUUUUAAAGCAUGCUAGUAUUUAUAUAUAUAUAUGCACAUAUAUUCAGAUAGGGAAAUUUUUACUACUGCCUAACAUUAUACUAAAAUGAUGCUUUAUCUAUUUUUAAUUACAGAAUGCUAAUGUUUUGAGAAUAUUAUGAAACUAUAGUUUAAAGACAGGUAGCAAGGAGCAGUUCCCUGCCUUUAGAUUUUGCCACUCACUAUAAGUAGCCUUACACAUAUAGCUAACCCGAGACAGUAUUAACAAACUGCUUUGUCUUACAAAAGAGAUAAGUUUAACAAAUGUAUUGAUGGCAUAACCUAUACGGCUAUCCUUGUUUUUGCAAUCGUGUACCCCACGUAUUAGAUGGUUGAACUAACAAUGGCUGUGUUAAAGAAGACUAAAUAAACCAAAAAUGAAAAGUAUA